GUUUCGCCAGCGGCUCAGCCAUUUUGCUGUUUGUGUGUCUUUAAAAUUUAAUGUUGUUUCGUUAUAAAAGUAAAAUCGUAGCGUGAUUUACUUUUAAUUUUAAUUGUUUUUAUUUGUUGAACGGAUUAUUGUCUCAACUAUCGUUGUAAAGUAAGAUUUUAAUUCUAAAAGUACUUUAUCAUUCAACCAUGUCUGAAGAUAAAAAACCAGAACAAAACGGUCCUCCGAGUAAGCCGAAUCAGAAUCAGAAUCAGAAUCAUCGCCCUGAGAACCCACGAGGUGGCCAUGAAGGUGGACGCGGUGGCCGAUUUACCCGAUUUGGACCGCGUAGAGAUCGAGAUAAUAGACCGCCCAGUGAUCAAAAUGCCGGUGACCACGAUGGCGCUAUGGCCGAAGGUAAUCAUGACGGUCCACCGCAUCGUGGCGGUCUCCGAGGCAGAGGUCGUGGCGGAAGAGGUGGCGGACCGAUGAGAGGCGACAGAGAUGAUGCCGGUCGAAUGCAUCGCGGCGAAGACAGGAUUCAUGAUAAACUUUCUACGAUGUCUGGAAACACUUACGAUCUUCCACCCAAAAACGAUGCCGAACAAAAAUUCUCAUCUCGAUGCAGAUUAUACGUCGGAAACUUGGCUGAAAUCACCGAAGAAGAAGUUACUGAGAUGUUCAAAAAAUUCGGAGAAAUUAACGAGUGUUUCGUUAACGCUGAAAAAAUGUUCGCAUUCGUUCGUCUGGACUACCGUGCUAAUGCUGAAAGAGCUAAACGCGAACUUGAUGGCACGAUGAGAAAGAACCGAGCACUGAAAGUUCGGUUUGCACCGGUCGGUGCAGCUAUUAAAGUGAAAAAUCUUACUCAAUGGGUUACGAAUGAACUAUUGGAAUACGCUUUCUCCGUUUUUGGUGAAAUCGAACGUGCCCAAAUACUCGUCGAUGACCGUGGUAAUUCGUUGAAAGAAGGUAUUGUCGAAUUCGCUCGCAAACCUACUGCUUUACUCGCAUUGCGCCGAUGCGCCGAAGGGUGUUUCUUCUUAACCAGUUCCUUGAGACCAGCGAUCGUUGAACCGUACGAUGUCAUCGAUGAUGUUGAUGGUUUCCCUGAGAAAUCAAUUACUCGAAAACCUCAGGAAUACAUCAAAUCUCGUGAGGUCGGUCCUCGUUUCGCUAAUCAAGCUUCUUUCGAGUACGAAUACGGUACUCGUUGGAAACAACUGUACGAUCUGUAUAAACAGAAAGAAGAUGCGCUGAAACGCGAAUUGAAAGCUGAAGAAGAGAAACUCGAAGCUCAAAUGGAGUAUGCCAGAUUUGAACACGAAACUGAAAUGCUCAGAGAACAACUUAGAAAACGUGAAAUGGAUCGAGAUCGUCAAAAGAUCGAAUGGGAAUUGAAAGAACGUCAAGCUGACGAACAGAGAAGGAUGGACGAUGAUAUGAUGAGAAGACACACCGAUGAUUUGAGCAUGCGUAUGCAUCAUCAAGAAGACGAUAUGAGACGGAGACAACAAGAAAACAAUAUGUUUAUUCAGGCCCAUCAAAUCAAAAUGGAAGAUCGUGCUGGUCCAAACGGAAAUUUUGAACAAGGUAAAUUCGACACAGAUGUUAACGUAAGAGAGUUGAAAUCUGCAGGUCCUGGAAAUGCGCCUGGGGAACAGAAUAUGUUCAUGGAACGAAAUUCACGCUUCGAAGGAGGACGGAAAGAUGAACAGUAUCCGCGUCGUUGGGGGCAUGGUGGUCAUCCCGGUCACGAAGAUUUUCCUAAUAAACGUCGACGUUAUUAAAUUAAAACGAAAAACGUAACGUCUUUGUAAUACGAAAAAAGGCAAUUACGUUCAUACGCAUACAUACUAGGUAUGCUAUAGAUACCCGAACCGGAUAAAUGAUAAUGAAAGGAUAAUUCAAAGGAGCCAAAAAUAACACUGUAUAUAUUUUAUAUUACAACAAUCAUUGUAUUUCGAUGGACACACUUACACAAACACAUCAACGGAAUACGUUGAGAUAAUAUUGACCUCGUGCCUGCGUUGAUGUUUUACUCGUGACUUAUUGAUUAAGAGAAAGGAAACAUUGACAAAUUUUUAAAUGAAAUUUUCGCUUGACUAUAAAUUAUAUAUUUUUUAAAUUUACUUUUUAGUUCGUCAAUAGUAAUUUUAUGCGUUCGCUUGGAAACUUUUUAUUUGAAUUAUUAUUUAGUUGGACAGAAUUUAUUGUUUUUCGUUCAGUUUGAAAUAUUAUAUCUAAUAAUGAAUUUUGAAGAUUCUUGAGGAUGGUGCGAAAACAUACUACGUACUAUCUGGUAUCGUAUUAUGAUCGAAUAUUUUAUAUUUUAUCAUUUUAAAAAUCGAUACCUUUCGAUUGAAAAAGUACGAUGUUGUGUGUUGUAAUCCGUGGUAGCUGUCUAGUGUCUGUAUGUUCUUUUAUGAUUUUUCGUUUCUUUCUUUUCUUUCUUUAUUUCUUUCUUUUUUUACAUAUUUUUAAUUUAAUUGAUAGGUAUAUAAAUUAUGGACCCUUAUAAUGUAAUUUCGCUAAGAAAAAACUAGCACUACUGCGAUUUUGUUGAAAAUUUUAUCGAUGAAAUAGUAUUGAGAGUUUAAUUCUUUUUUUUUCUCAUAAUCGCUGAAAUUAAUUCGGAUACUGUGUAUAAAGUUGAUACAUACUUAAGGAUUCCUUUCUUUAAAUAUAUUAUAUUAUUAUAAUUA